ACAGUGCAGUCCACUCCUCCCAUGCUCACUGCGUCGUAAUGACGCUAUCCGUUUUGCUGACGACGCACGGUAGCCUGAUACGCUCUGCCGCGUGUCAUUCGUGAAUCGAGAGCAGCCUCAAUCGAACAAGCUUAGAGGGAGGGGAAAGGGAAUAAGCUCUUCACCACUCACACCAUCAAGUACUCCUAUUGCGUGCAAGUACCGUGUCGCCGUACUCGCUCGUAUUUCGUCCGUGUUUCAGGGCUUGUGAAGCGGCAAAUACCCAGCCAAUUCGUGCAUUACACUGCCUCGUAGUGGUGUUGUCAUCGAUAUAAUACUCGUACAUUAACCACUACCUUCUCGUAUGAACCUUUUCCUCUACUGCAAUCCAAUCGUGAACGCGCAAAAAUGAGGUUCCAGCAGCUAUUACCAUUGUUGCCACUGGCAUCUGCCUUUGUCAUUACUGAAGAUGCCGUUUUCGAUAAGCUUUCCAAGAUCGAGAAUUCGGGAAGAAAGGUUUUGAAGAACUCGCAGAAUGUGCUCGAUGAUGCUCUAGGAAAGACGGUCGAAUCCGUCAAGCAUGUUGGUGAUGACUUCUAUCACAAGGUUCAUAAAGCAGGGUGCGAUGUCGAAUCGUGGCUCGAGGGCGCUCUCGACGUCACCUCUGGAGACACUGAGGAGGAUCCUCAUCAUCCGCCUCAUCGCAAACCGCCUCAUCAUAAACCACCCCAUCACAAAGACCCACACCACGACCACCCGAAGCCGAAUCAGACGGUAUACGAGCUAAUCAGCAAGAGCAAGUACACAACGAAACUGGCCAAAUUGAUCGACGAGUAUGAUGAUCUGGUAAAGACCCUGAACAGCACCAAGGCCAACUACACAGUAUUUGCCCCUACAGACGCCGCCUUCGAAAAGAUCCCCCACCAUGGUCAUAAGCCUUCAAAGGAGUUUCUUAAGGACUUACUACUCUACCAUGUGAGCGAUGACUUCUACCCUGCUGGCCGUGUUUUGCACAGCUACACAAUUCCUACCCUCUACAAGCCCGAGAAGCUCGGCCAUGCUCAACGUCUCACCGUACGCGUUACCCUCAAAGGUCCUGCCAUCAAUUUCUACGCAAAGGUAGUCGCCGUCAACAUAUUCGGCACAAACGGUGUCAUCCACGGCAUUGACUCCAUCCUCGUGCCACCACCCAAAGUCGCCGCCAUCAUUGAUCUCCUCCCGGGAGAGUUCAGCACUCUCGAACUCGGUCUCGAGAAGACUGGCCUCUUUCAAAAGAUAAACGACUCAGACAAGUACCCGCAUACCGGUGGAACAUUCUUCGCGCCGUCGAACUUCGCGUUCCAGAAACUCGGCCCCAAGAUCAACGCCUUCCUCUUCAGCAAGUACGGCGAGAAGUACUUGAAGGCUCUAUUGAAAUACCACAUCGUCGUCAGUGAGACUCUCUACUCGGACGCAUUCUUCGAUGAUACAGACAAAGAAGAGACCGUGGAGGAGGCCGAUCGACCACCAUACUACCACUUCGACUUACCGACCGCACUGGACGGCAAGCCUUUGGCUGUUGAUGUGUCCAGAUAUGGCCCUUUCAUUGGUAUUAGAAUCAAUGGGUUUUCUCGUGUCACUGUCCACGAUGGCGUUGCCAGCGAUGGUGUCAUCCAGGUUGUGUCGAAUGUGCUCAUCCCUCCGAAGAAUGCAGCAGGCGAAGAGGCUUUUUGGAAGGGCGAGGAGAUGACUGUUGAAGAAUUCAAGGGCAGACUCGAACCUUACAUUUUCGACGACGAGAACUUAGAAUUGUAAGCUUCUGUGAUCCGAGAAAAUGAGAAGAAAGGUGCUUGGUGUUUUUGCUAUAGCAACGACACAGCCACAGAUACAUAGUCAGGCUAAAGUAUGUAUUGGUGGUAUUGAACAGGUAGCGAACUCCACGAUCUUUCCAUU